AUGAGCACCGUAACCGCGUUCAACAUGCAGGAGAGGCUCGCCGCCGAUUACAAGCAAGCCUCGGAGGGCUCCCUCGAUGCUCGACGAAAGCGCGGCUUGAUCGCUGGAGCGGCUUUCGGCUACAGCCAGGGCAUCACCUUCUGGGUGUUCGCGCUCAUGUUUUACGCCGGGGCGAUCAUGGUCGACAACGGUCAGGUCGAGUACGGAGAUUUCUUCACAGCCAUGUUCGCGGUCAUCUUCGGAGCCUUCGGGGUAGGACAGAUUAGCGGGGACUUCAAGGACGCUGGGAAAGGCCAACAGGCAGCUUCUAAGAUCUUCCGUCUCACAGAUGAGCCUCUGAAUAUCGACCCGCUUUCCGAGAAGGGGGCUAGACCCUCACCAACCAAGGGCGCCCUCGAGUUCAAAAACAUCUUCUUCAACUACCCUUCUAGGCCCAACAUGCAGAUCUACGGAUCGGACAAGUACCCCCAAGGGUUCUGCUUGAACGUCGCGGCGGGCGAGACUGUGGCGCUCGUGGGACCCUCCGGAGGGGGCAAGUCCACCUGCAUGGGGCUAUUACUGAGGUUUUAUGAGCCUUCUAAGGGAAGCCUGACCAUCGAUGGCCGCGACAUCACGGAAGUCAACGUCAAGUGGCUCCGCUCGCAGAUCGGCUACGUGGGUCAGGAGCCGGUGCUGUUCCAGGGAACAAUCCGCGAAAACAUCGCCAAGGGGGACCCCAGCGCAAGCGAUGAGAGAAUUCAGGAGGCCGCGAAGACCGCCAACGCCCAUGACUUCAUCCAACGCGACUUCCAGGUCAGUCGAAAGGCCCAGACACCGACUUUGCGACGCCAAACGGACCGGAUUAUAAAGGAGGGUAACCCUGGAGAAGAGGUUAGGGGCGAUCAAUCUGAAUAUGAGGGAGCUCCUGCUGUUCUAGACCCAAGGGCCAUCCUACGGAACCCGCCGAUUCUGCUCCUCGACGAGGCUACGUCGGCGCUCGACAACGAGAGCGAGAAAGUGGUGCAAGAGGCCCUUGACCAGCUGCAGGCGAAGCAGAAGCGCACGACCCUUACCGUGGCGCACCGCCUGACCACGAUUCGCAACUCCGAUAAGAUCGCCGUGCUCAACGGCGGGGGCGUGCAGGAGCUCGGCACACACGACGAGCUGCUGGCCCUCAAGGGCUUGUACUCCAUGUAA